GGCGGAGCUUGGCGUGGGCGCGCUGCCGGGUCGGCCCCCGCCGCCUCAGAGCCCCCUCAGCCGGGGAGCGGUGAGGGGGGAAAGGAGUGGGGCUACGCCGGUCAUGGCGCUGCUGCUGGAACACGAGUUCAAGCCGCUGCCGGCUGAUAAGCAGAUCGAGACUUUGCCCUUCCUGGAGGCCGUGGCGCACCUGCCUCCGUUCUUCGAUUGCCUGGGGACUCCCAUCGUCUAUUCGCCAGUCAAAGCAGACCUGACUGGAAAUAUCAAGAAAAUCCGGGCGGUUUAUGACUCCAACCCUGCCAAGUUCAAAACGCUGCAGAACAUCCUGGAGGUGGAGAAGGAGCUGCACGGCUCGGCCUGGCCCAAGACAGGCGCGACGCUGGCGCUGAUGUGGCUGAAAAGGGGUCUGAAAUUCAUUCUGGUGUUGCUGCAGAGCAUCUCUGACGGCGAGAGGGAUGAGGAGCAUCCCAACCUCAUCAGGGUGAAUGCCUUGAAGGCUUAUGAGAUAGCACUGAAGAAAUACCAUGGCUGGAUGCUGCAGAAGCUCUUCACGGGCUCGGUCUACGCUCUUCCCUACAAAUCCGAUUUGCUGAAGGCCUUGGAGAAGGGUAAAGAAGUCAAGGAAGAGGAAAGCAUAGAAAAAAUCCACCAGUUUGUCACGAGGGUCACUCCAAUCCUGGAUGCAAUUUAUGAGAUGUACACGAAGAUGAACGCUGAGCUGAGCUACAAAGCCUAAAGCUGGCACAGGAUUGGCACAGAUUAAAUAACGUGUGAUGGGUGUUACCUAUGUCUUCAUCACUGAGGCAGCUGGGGUGGCUCCCAGCUCUCUGGUGACUUCGAUUCCUCUCUGGAUCUGCAGUGGAUAACGUCUUUUCUAACCAAAAAAAUAACAGUAAUUAACUUUCUAUUAAGAAUACGGCAAUAAAACAAUUGUGGGUGUCACCCUUGGAUUUCCCAAGAGGAAGAACAAGUGUUUCUAGUCCCAACUCCUGGAUUCCUGUCUUCAGUGGGGCAGGGAGUGAAGUGUCCUGCUGGUGAGUGAAGUGGCACUCGGCCUGUGCCUGGAACCGCCGACGGGCACCUCGUGUUGAUUGGCACUGGAUAGUCCGGAAUGAUGCCCAUGGAGGAGGAGCUGAUGACUCUCCCGGGUGAUCCCAACUCCUCCAGUGCUGGCGUGGGAUCAAGCUCCUGUGCUGGGAUCAACCAGGGACUGUCCCCGCGGUGUUUGCGGUGCCUUAUGAGCCCCCCUCGCCUCCCGAGCCCCGGCGGGAGCAGCAAUUAAUAAAAACUGACAGUA